UGGAAGCUUUUAUCUUUCUGUCCAAUCCUCAACAGAGGCACAGAAGCAACAGAUUGUGCGAUUGGUAGAUCUUGAGUUCUAUGGCCCGCCCACUGUUUGGUUUGUGAAUGGGGCGAAGGGGUGGAGUUCCGUGGAAUACCAGACAUACACGAAUAUAUAUAAUCAAAGUGCAGAGACGUCUUUUUUUCCCCCUCGUUAUUUUUUGGCUUUUAGGGUGGAUGUUGCUUGUUCCAACGGCAGCUGGUCUGUCCUGUUGCAUGCAUAAGGGCGCCAACGGGAUAUCGGACUACCCGUGUUUCUGUUUAAAGGAUUAGCACCCUUGCUGGUACAGGAGACGACGGAGUGUGAUUGGAUUUUUUGAACAAAAAGCCCUCACACCGAACUCCUCAAAUGAACGCGCGGCUGAAACGGAGGAGUAACAGUAAGCCAAAUUCUUGAAUUCCCGAACUUUGAGGGGUGGAACAGCCAGCUGGGAAGCGGAGCCAGUUACGGCGGUCGAAUUUGUGCACGAUCGUCCCACCCACCCGCCCCCCUCCGUCCCAAGACUGCUUCGUGGCCGACCGAAGGAAAAACACCGCGCUGUGAGGCGCCGUCAAGACCUCUCUUUGGUGGAAGAGAAUACAUCGGAGUAGCAUUUUGGCUUGCAACCCUAGCAAAGAAUUAUCAUCCAGCCCUUGGCGAGCGAUCAACGAGAGAGCCGGUUUGGCCAGCGAUCCGCCUCUUUCACCUCCUCCACCCGAGAGCAGACUGCUGGAAGAGCGAAGCCAGCCUUGGGCCGCCGCCGCUGCCGCGUGAGCCUUCUGGCCGCUAGCCCUCGCGGGGGUCUGGGCUGGGCGCCGCCGAUGCUUCGAGACCCCGGCGCCUCUGGGCUGUGAAGACCCCCUCCGCCGCUCCCUCCCGCCGGCCUCGCUCCUUGCUUUCCUUGCUGCCGCCUCGGAUCAUGGAUCGAGGACCGAGAGCGGCGAGGAGGGGCCCUGCUUCCUUGGGCCUGGCCGUCUUCCUGGGCGUCCUGGGCGGGAUUCCCUGGGGCUCGGGUGCCCAACCUUACCACGGGGAGAAAGGGAUUUCUGUCCCGGACCACGGCUUCUGUCAGCCCAUUUCGAUCCCUCUCUGCACGGACAUCGCCUACAACCAGACCAUUCUGCCCAACCUCCUGGGCCACACCAACCAGGAGGACGCCGGGCUGGAAGUCCAUCAGUUCUACCCGCUGGUGAAAGUGCAGUGCUCGCCGGAGCUGCGCUUCUUUCUGUGCUCCAUGUACGCGCCCGUCUGCACCGUCUUGGAACAGGCCAUCCCGCCCUGCCGAUCCCUGUGCGAGCGGGCGCGCCAAGGCUGCGAGGCCCUGAUGAACAAGUUUGGCUUCCAAUGGCCCGAGCGGCUCCGCUGCGAAAACUUCCCCGUCCACGGCGCAGGUGAGAUCUGCGUGGGGCAGAAUACUUCGGACACUUCGGGAGCGGGCGGAGGGGGCCCCGGAAGUGCCACCGUCUAUCCCACCCCGUAUCUGCCCGAUACCCCCUCUCACCCCCUGCGUCCCACCGGCUCUGGCUUCUCCUGCCCACGGCAGCUCAAAGUACCCCCGUACCUGGGCUACCGCUUUUUGGGUGAGAGGGACUGUGGUGCCCCUUGUGAACCAGAACUCCCCAAUGGGCUGAUGUACUUCAAGGAGGCGGAGGUUCGCUUUGCCCGUCUACUGGUAGGCAUCUGGUCAGUCCUAUGCUGUGCCUCCACCCUCUUCACUGUCCUGACCUAUCUGGUGGACAUGAGACGCUUCAGCUACCCUGAGCGACCCAUCAUCUUCCUCUCUGGCUGCUAUUUCAUGGUGGCAGUGGCCUAUGUGGCUGGCUUCCUGCUGGAGGACAAAGUGGUCUGUGUGGAACGUUUUUCCGAAGACGGCUACCGCACUGUGGUGCAGGGCACCAAGAAAGAAGGGUGCACCAUCCUUUUCAUGAUCCUCUACUUCUUUGGCAUGGCCAGUUCCAUCUGGUGGGUGAUCCUCUCCCUCACCUGGUUCCUUGCUGCUGGCAUGAAGUGGGGCCAUGAGGCCAUUGAGGCCAAUUCCCAGUACUUUCACCUGGCUGCCUGGGCCGUGCCUGCCAUCAAGACCAUCACCAUCUUAGCCAUGGGACAGGUGGACGGGGACGUGCUCAGUGGAGUCUGUUAUGUGGGCAUCUACAGUGUAGACGCACUGCGGGGCUUUGUCUUGGCCCCACUCUUUGUCUACCUCUUCAUUGGCACCUCCUUCCUUCUGGCUGGCUUUGUGUCCCUCUUCCGUAUACGGACCAUCAUGAAACAUGAUGGCACCAAAACCGAAAAGCUGGAGAAGCUCAUGGUGAGGAUUGGCAUUUUUAGCGUCCUCUACACAGUGCCUGCCACCAUUGUGUUGGCUUGCUACUUCUAUGAGCAGGCCUUCCGGGACACAUGGGAGAAAACCUGGCUCCUGCAGAGCUGCAAAAGCUAUGCCAUUGCUUGCCCCACCAACUUUGCCCCAAUGAGCCCUGACUUCACUGUCUUUUUGAUCAAGUAUCUUAUGACCAUGAUUGUGGGCAUCACAACUGGCUUCUGGAUUUGGACUGGCAAAACUCUCCAGUCUUGGAGGCGCUUUUACCACAGACUCAGCACAGGAAGCAAAGGAGAGACUGCUGUAUGAGGGUCCCUUGGCUUCUUCUCCCCUUGUAUUGCAAGGAACAAGGGCUUGGACCAUUGUUCCUUCAAACUACCUUUACUUCUCACCAAGAGACCAUCUCUAGACUGUGCUUUGGGGCAGUACAUAUCUUAUCCUCUGAGAAUUUGCUUAUUCCCCCCCCCCCAAUCCUGGCCUUCUAAAUGGUUCUGCGUAUCUGUUUAGAGUAUGCUGGCAUAGUGCCAAGAAUAGAAGUUUGGGACAAAAAGAAAGGAAAGCAAGCUAUCUUUUUACCACAUGAUAGGUUGCCAAGUUAGACCCUCUCCCCCAAAUCAGAAUCUUAGUUUACAGUUUUUUCUAAAGUUACCCAGGAAGGCUCUGAGAAGGGAGAAAGUGUGUGUGUGUGUGUGUGCGUGUGCGUGCACGCGCGCACCCGCACGCAUGCAUGUUCAUUCCUUUUUAAACAUGCAUGUUCAUUCCUUUUUAAAAAGGAAAUUGCCAAAUAAGUCUUAGUGGAGGUUCCUCCAUAUUGUAGCAGUGCAAUCCAUUGCAAGCCUACUUGGAAGUUAAAUCUCCACCGGAUUCAAUGGGACUUACUUCCAAGUAAAGGCAUAAUGGUUUCCAGCUAAGCACACUUGCCUUGGGAGCAAGUUACCUCACACUUAGUAGAGCUUAACUUCUGAAUCAGCAGUGCUGGGCUUGGCCAGGCUGUAGGGAAAAUUCUGCAUUCCGGUUUUCAAAGUUUUCUUCCUGGCUGACUUGGGCUUUGGCAAAAGAGUCUUGCUGAGAUUUUAGGGGGGAGCAAGGAGGGGAGGAGGAAAGAAAUGGGUCUGAAAAAGAAGUGACAUGUUGAUUUUUGAUAGAAUGGCUUUAACUCUCUUGUCUUUUGUUAGAGGAGACAAAAGAGAAACAAAAGUGGGUUUCUCUGCAGCAAAGCAUAAGCAGGGGUUUGGUUUUUAUGGGGAAACUAACAAAGAAUUUGUUGAGGUUCAGCUAGAGCUGCGAGUCAUACAGCUCUUUAUUUUCCUUUAUGAACACAAGGGAAAGGCUUCUCAGGAAAGUCUCCUGUGUAACUGGAGAAAAGCUGAGGUUGCCUCUCUCUCCCUCCCCCCCCCUUUUCAAAACAACUAACAAAACAGCCAAUAAUCAAACAAGCCUUUUAAAACAUAUAAGUUUUUAUAUUCACAAGGUUGCAGUUGGUUUCUCUGGCUGAUAAUCUGUAUCGCCCUUUGAUUUGUAAAUGGGGCUGAGGGAAGGCCCUAGAAACUGAGGAGGAGGAGAAGAGAUUUUGCAGUCCUGGUAUAUAUAAUCAGGGAGGCACCUCGGUGCUCCCCUCAAUAUGCUCUUAGAUUCCCUUGAAACCAGUAGAUUCUUAAUUGUGGCCUUCACUGGGGAACCAGUUUCUUGCAGAUGUUUACAUGGACUUGAAGUGCUACCACUUCAGGGAGUUUAUUCAUUGGUGAAGGCAUUGAGGAAGAGAGCCGUAAUUCUACAACAAAAGGUUGCCUUGAUUAAGGCUGAAGUCCAAUGUUGAUGUACCUAGGAAAAGACCCCCAUUCUACCCUGCAUCCAGUUCAGAUUCAAGGAUUGAGACUCCGCCACCCAUUUAGGCCCCUGGUGGCACACAAUCACUCUGUUGAAAGUGCUACACAGCCUUAGGAAGGUUUAUGUAGAAAAUCUCCUGUGGAAUUCAGUGAUAGGGAGAGGCUUUUUCAGCUUAAGGAAAUGCUGGAAUUGAUGCGUCUUGUUCAUAAACUGUGUGUUUUCUUUCAAGAUUCCCUGCAUUCCUUUCUUGAACGAUCAGCCUAUUAAAUAUGUCUGAAGUUAAAAGUUUUACAUCAUUAUAUAUAACAUUUCAUCAAAGAGUCCACUGUUGGAAAUAAGUUGAUUUCAGAAGCCUUUCUGAAAUGCUGUAUUUCUCAAGCUAGCUUUCUGGAAAAAUAAGGGGGUUCUAUUUAAUUUUACCCCAAAGACUAAUUGGAGAACUCAGGGCUUUAACAAGCCAUUCUUGGAUUUCCCCUUCCUUCUCCAGAACACACCGAUAUCUUUUUUAAUGAAUGGACACCUUUACAAAAUAUUACCACUAUUAAGAAAUGUAGAAUUAAUUAAGGAAGGGGUAAAAGAAUGUCAGGUAUAGUACUGGGGGAGUAAACAGCAAGAAAAAUGUUCCAUUGAUUAAUUUGUAAUAUCUGAUCUUCCUGGUUCUGAUAUUUUGGUUUGUUUGGGAAUUUUUAAACUGAGCAUAAGACAAGCUAGAAAUGCAUAAUGUACAUUUUGUAAAUCCGACAUUUUGUAAGAAAAUAUAUAUGUAUUUGUUUUUACUUUUUUGUUUUCAAAAUUUCUGUGUAAGACGCAUUUCUUGUAUAUGUACAAGAUACAAAAAUAAAUGGAUUUUUAAUAUAA